UAGGGAAAUUGACCUAAUACUGUUUUACCUAAUGAACUAUUGGGUAGGAGGAACCACAGCCGCCUCUUCUGCGGCUACGAGUUCCUUGGACGAACCUCCAUGGAAAAAGAGGAAAUCGAAUCCACCACCUUCUCUACCAUUUUUGUCACUCCCAGAUGUUCUCAUUCUAAACUGCUUAUCCCGUUUAUCCAAAUCCUACUACCCUAAACUAUCGUUAGUCUCCAAGACCUUUCGCUCUCUCAUUAAAUCUAUUGAUCUUAACCACGCUCGAUUUCACCACAAAACACAAGAACCCUUCUUUUACGUCUGCUUAAAGUUUCCCGAUCGUCCUCUUCCUACUUGGUACACGCUCUGGAUCAAACCUGAGGAUUUCGACAAGGAGGAGGAGAAUAAGAAGAAGAAGUCUAAAUUGGUACCAGUACCUUCUUCCUAUGCUUCUGAACCAUUGCUUAUCGUUAAUGUUGGUUUAGAUGUCUAUGCAUUCAGACAAUGCUACCCUCCGUCUCGUAACAUGUUGGUUCGUGAAAAGGAUGCUUGCAUAUGGCGUGUUGCUCCCAACAUGUCUGUAGCUCGAGUCAAUCACGUUGCGUGUCUCUUUGAUGGGAAAAUAUAUGUAAUGGGAGGUUGCGGUGCAAAUGAUACUUGGGGUGAGGUUUUCGAUACAAAGACUCAAACUUGGAAACCUCUACCGGACCCUGGUCCCGAGCUCCGCUUCUCUACAAUGAUUAGAGGGAUACAAGUUAUCCAAGGAAAGUUGUACGUUAGGAGCAAUGAGAGCAAGGAUUCUGUUUAUGAUCCAAAAGAAGGUAAAUGGAACGUUGCAGACAAAGUACUUGAGAUUGGUAGUAAGUGUGUGGUAGAUAAUGUGUGGUACUCUUGCCGUCCCAACAGUUUUAUGUGGUAUGACAAAGAAUAUAGUGAUUGGAGAGUUGUCAAAGGUCUGUCUUCACUGAAUCAAAGUCGUCGUAGUGGUUUGAUGGAGACAUUUAACUUCAAUGGAAAACUCUUACUCUUGUGGGACAAGUCUACGAAGCCUCGCCGUCGUAUUUGUGAAGAGAAGAAUAUUUGCGGUGCACUGAUUGCGUUUGAAAAGCGCAAAAAUGGUCAGGUUUGGGGGAAAGUUGAAUGGUCUAGUGUUAUGCUAAAGGUUCCUAGUUCAUACCGUUUCUUGCGUUCUACAUCGAUACUGACUUGAUCAUUUGUCAACAUGUUAUGCUUAAGGUUCCUAACGUUUCUUGCUUUCUACAGCGAUACUGACUUGAUCAUUUGUCAACAUGUUUGUUAUGCUUAAGUUUCCUA